AUGGCAACGCACCGCUUCGAUCCCACCUUCACGGACAAAGUCAUCAAUGCGAUGGGUCCCAAGACCACCCCGCGCAUGCGCCAGCUCAUGGCCGGCCUCAUCAAGCACAUGCACGACUAUGCGCGCGAGGAGGAGCUCACCGUCGAGGAGUGGAUGGCCGGCGUGCAGAUGCUCAAUUGGGCCGGACAGAUGAGCAACGACAAGCGGAACGAGGGGCAGCUAGUGUGCGAUGUACUAGGACUGGAAUCCCUCGUCGACGAAAUCACCUUCACUCUCGCCGAAGAAGCGCAGGAUGCACCCACAGCCACAGCCAUCCUGGGCCCGUUCUUCCGCGCUGACACACCGUACCGCCAGAACGGCGAGAUUAUCGUCAAGACGAAACCUGCCGAUGCUGAGAUGGCCUUCAUGCACGGUCGCGUGGUUGACUUCCAAACCAAGAAACCUCUCGUCGGGGCGACGGUUGAGGUGUGGCAGGCUUCUACGAACGGGUUGUACGAGCAGCAGGACCCUGAGCAGGUGGAGUUCAAUCUGCGCGGCAAGUUCAAGACGGACGAGGAUGGAAAGUACUCGUUUUACUGCCUGCGUCCGACGCCCUACCCCGUUCCUAACGAUGGUCCUGCUGGCAAGCUUCUUGAGCUGAUGGAUCGGCACCCUUUCCGCCCUGCUCACAUUCACAUUAUUGCUACCUACGAUAACUACCGACCUUUGACCACGCAGAUCUUCGACCGCAAGGACAAGUACCUUGACAACGACUCGGUGUUUGCUGUGAAGGACUCGCUCGUUGUGGACUUUGUGCCGCGCAAAGACGAUCCUCAAGCUGCCAUUGAACUUAAAUACGAUGUGAAACUGGUCAAGUUCGAGGCUAGUACCAAUAGCGCAUGA